AGGCGCUCCCGCCGGUCGUGCAGCCCCGCCUCCUCGCCGUGCGCCUGCGCAGUGCGGGCCGCGCCCCGCCCCCUGCCCCGCCGCCCUCAGCCGGCCGGCCGGCCCCUACUCGGCCGUGCGCCCUCCCUGGCUCUCAGCCGCGGUUCUGUUCCGUAGCAGCUAGCUCGGUCUCCGGCAGCAUGUUUAGCUGGGUCAGCAAGGAUGCCCGCCGCAAGAAGGAGCCGGAGCUGUUCCAGACGGUGGCCGAGGGGCUGCGGCAGCUGUACGCGCAGAAGCUGCUGCCGCUGGAGGAGCACUACCGCUUCCACGAGUUCCACUCGCCGGCGCUGGAGGACGCUGACUUCGACAACAAGCCCAUGGUGCUCCUGGUCGGCCAGUACAGCACGGGCAAGACCACCUUCAUCCGCCACCUGAUCGAGCAGGACUUUCCGGGGAUGCGCAUCGGGCCCGAGCCCACCACCGACUCCUUCAUCGCGGUCAUGCACGGCCCCACCGAGGGCGUGGUGCCCGGCAACGCGCUGGUGGUGGACCCGCGGCGCCCCUUCCGCAAGCUCAACGCCUUCGGUAACGCCUUCCUCAACAGGUUCAUGUGUGCACAGCUACCCAACCCCGUCCUAGACAGCAUCAGCAUCAUCGACACUCCUGGGAUCCUGUCUGGAGAGAAGCAGCGCAUCAGCCGAGGUUAUGACUUUGCUGCUGUCCUUGAGUGGUUUGCUGAGCGAGUGGACCGCAUCAUCCUACUCUUCGACGCCCACAAGCUGGACAUCUCUGAUGAGUUCUCGGAAGUCAUCAAGGCCCUCAAAAACCACGAGGACAAGAUCCGUGUGGUGCUGAACAAAGCUGACCAGAUUGAGACGCAGCAGCUGAUGCGUGUGUAUGGGGCCCUCAUGUGGUCUCUGGGGAAGAUCAUCAACACCCCUGAGGUUGUCCGGGUCUACAUUGGCUCCUUCUGGUCACACCCACUGCUCAUCCCUGACAACCGGAAGCUCUUUGAGGCAGAAGAGCAGGACCUCUUCAAGGACAUCCAGUCUCUGCCCCGAAACGCUGCCCUCAGGAAGCUCAACGACCUGAUCAAGCGAGCCAGGCUGGCCAAGGUCCAUGCCUACAUCAUCAGCUCCCUCAAGAAGGAGAUGCCCAAUGUCUUUGGGAAGGAGAGCAAAAAAAAAGAGCUGGUGAACAACCUGGGUGAGAUCUACCAGAAGAUUGAACGGGAGCAUCAGAUCUCCCCCGGCGACUUCCCAAGCCUGCGCAAGAUGCAGGAACUCCUGCAGACCCAGGAUUUCAGCAAGUUCCAGGCCUUGAAACCCAAGUUGUUGGAUACGGUAGAUGACAUGCUGGCUAACGACAUAGCCCGGCUGAUGGUGAUGGUUCGCCAGGAAGAGUCCCUGAUGCCCUCGCAGGCUGUGAAGGGUGGCGCUUUUGAUGGCACCAUGAAUGGGCCCUUUGGGCAUGGCUACGGUGAGGGGGCUGGCGAGGGCAUCGAUGAUGUUGAGUGGGUGGUUGGCAAGGACAAGCCUACCUAUGACGAGAUCUUCUACACACUGUCUCCGGUCAAUGGCAAGAUCACGGGCGCCAAUGCCAAGAAGGAAAUGGUAAAGUCCAAGCUGCCCAACACAGUGCUGGGCAAGAUCUGGAAGCUGGCCGAUGUAGACAAGGAUGGCCUGCUGGAUGAUGAGGAGUUCGCCCUGGCUAACCAUCUCAUCAAGGUGAAGCUGGAGGGCCAUGAGCUGCCCGCUGACCUGCCCCCACACCUCAUCCCACCCUCCAAGCGGAGGCAUGAGUGAUGCCUCGCCUGACCCCCAGGGCUGCUGGCACUUGCUGCCCACCAGCUUCAUGUCUGCCUGGUAGGCCAGGGCCUGGGAGGCAGAGAUUGAGGGAAGGGAAAGGGUCAUCAUUUUUCAAGGUCCAUAAAGACUGAACGGUGUUUCCUCAGCUCUCGAAAAGGAAAACCACCAUCUUUUAAGGCUGUUCUGGGGUUCAUCGGGAGGCAAGGGUGAUGCUUGGAUGUGAACAGUGGAAUUUUGUGCACAAGAACCAUGGAUAUUUUUAAUACAUAACAUUAGAGGCAGCCUUCUUUCUUACCUCCUCCUCUGUCUGACUGCCCCACACUCACACAGCCUCCCUUCCCCAUUUUAGCCUUGCCUCCUGUCCUGCCCUGGCUGGGCAUGGGGUGAUCCCAGGGAGCCAGGUUUCCCAGCCCCCACUGGCUCCCCCAUUUGUCUCCAGGCUCACGCUUGCCCCAAGGGGCAGUUGAGCUCCUGUGCCCAGCUGAGCUGGUCCGUGCCUCUGCUGAGCUGGUCUGGGGUCCCAGUGUACACCCUCCUUUUGUUCCCACACCCCUCCUGUGACACCCGACCCAGCACAGCAAUCACAGGUAGAAGUCGGUCACUGUUAACCUCCCUGAGGGUGGGAGGGAUGAGGGGGUCUUCCAGAAAAAUACAUAAGCUAGGUCUUGUCCUGUAAAGCGACACUUCAUACUUGACCGAAAUUUCUGGUAACUUCUACAACACUUGUUCAAAAGCUGUGAUUUUUGUCUCCCCUUCCCCAUAUUCUAGCCCCAGGGCAGCUCCACCCUAGAACCAGCAUGGAGCACCCUGCUUUCUGGCUGAGGGAUGGGUCAUCUCAGCUCCUGCCCCAAAGGGUCUGAAUGGACCCCCUUCAACCGCCAUGGCAGCUUCCUGGAACGCCCCCGCCCUUGGGGCAGGCGGUGGGCCCAAUGACCUGGGGUGGCUCUGGCUUGGGUGUAGUGUCGAUGCAGCAGGGACAAGGGACAACCCAGCCCCUUCCCUCCUCAUCCCCCAUUUCCUUCCUUCCCUUCUCCCCUGCUGAGCCAAGGAAACCUGGGUGUCCUGAGAUCCACCCUGCAGCCCCCAGACUGAGCAUUAAGAAGCCAGAGCCAGCGAGUAGCUGUUUUAGCCUCACUGCAGCUUUGGGGACCUGGGGGCCUAGACACUCUGUGGCCAGUGGUUGGUGUCGGGUAGGUUUCCUAAGAGGCAGGUGGAGCGGCCGCAUCAUCAGGCUCUUCUGGUGGGCUUCAGGGAGCUACCUGCCUCCCCCAGUGCUGGUCUGGGCCUUGCUGGGGUUGAGUCCGGCCUGGUCUGCUACCUCCCUGCCUCAGCCCUCUACCACUGUGGUCAGCUGUGGGUGGGCGAGACACGUCCUCACAGGUUCACUGUUUAAAGGUCAGCUCCCUUGUUCACUCACCUUUGAGGGGAAGUGACAGAGUGAAGACUGUUCGUCUCAUUAAAGAAAGUUUUAAUUGUG